UGAGUAUAUAAAAGCAGUGAAGCACAUUUAAGAAAAUCAAAGAGAACCAAAUCAUUUAUUGCCUCAACAUCGACUCCAACAAUCAGAUACAGCUUCCUUUUUUGGUCCCUAUACACAAUACUAACCAUGCGGACUUUGCUACUUUUUAUGGUUACUACUGGUUUACCAGCUUUAUUUCAUACAGGCCCAAUUCAUGGGCAGGGUGGCAGAUACAGUUUUGCUGGUGUGCUCCAUGUUGAAAGGACCAGCAAUUAUUCUUUGACUUUCCAGCAGGCCUUGGAAUUGUGUCAGAGUUUAAGCUAUAAACUGGCAACACUGGAGCAGGUCAAUGAAGCUUAUAAAAAUGGGUUGAGAACAUGCAGAUAUGGUUGGAUUGACGGAAAAGUGGUGGCGUUUCUGCCGCACAUUAAUGGUCCAAACUGUGACUCCAGUUCAACGGAUGUGACCUUUCAUUCUGAAGCAGCAACAUAUCUUUCUGAUGUGUACUGUUUUAACCCAUCAGUUGAAAAAACAAAUGAAGAUGUUCUUGAAGAAGCUCUUAUUGAAGGCUUCAUUGUAGAAUUGGAAAAGAAAACUAGAAAUGUGCCAGAGGAAACAAUGCCUGCAUCAGAGGAACCUGUGGCAAAGACAGACAUAGAAGACACCACAGGUUUUACAAACAAGUUCCGCUUUAGGAGAAGCUCUGUUGUUCCCAGUGUAUUUCCUGAAGAAGAGGGCAGUGGAUCAGGAUUAGUUCCUGGGAUAAUAUCAAAAGAUUCCGAGCCUCAAUUUACAACAUCGCCGACCAAUAUAGUUUCUGAGACUCAAUUUACAACAUCUCUGACCAAUAUAGUUUCUGAGACUCAAUUUACAACAUCGCCGACCAAUAUAGUUUCUGAGACUCAAUUUACAACAUCGCAGACCAAUAUAGAUUCUGAGACUCAAUUUACAACAUCUCUGACCAAUAUAGUUUCUGAGACUCAAUUUACAACAUCGCCGACCAAUACAGAGACAGCUGUGACCAAAACCAUUAAUGAAGAGGUACUAAAUGAAGUUAAAGAUGGUCCAGAACAGAAAAACAAUCCAACAUUUCGCGCAGGAAAUAUAGGAGAAAGGAAUCCUGAUCCACCUUCUACAGCAUCCGGUCGUCAAGGGAAGGGAACACCAGCCUGGUUGGUAAUCUUUGCAACCUGUGUGGUUGUUGGUGCCAUACUCUGCAUAUUUGCUGCUAUCGCCACUAAGGACAAGUGGUACGGGCCAAGACAGAGCAAAAACAUCACGCCUGAACAUUACAGUAAAUCAGCAACUUUGCCACUGUCAGAGAAAGAGCAGGAGAUAGUGACAUUGAUGAACAUUACAAACCUGGAGAAUGAUAAAACUCAGGACAUUAAAGCUAACAGUCUGGAUGAGCAUGAGAAAGAGUAUUUGAUGUAACAGGUGAAGCCAUUGGAGGAAAAUGCUGGACAUGGGAAGCCUAAGCUUUGACUGAACUUGAGUAUCAAAGAACUUGAUACUGUGUACUCUGCAGUACCUUUUAAUUGCACUGAUGUUAUGUUUUUCUGCCCAGAGUCAAUUUUUAGUGCAAUUGCAAUUUUCGUUAUGUCGCCUAAGUAUUUUUUAUCCUUUUUAACAUUUCUUUUAACGGCACGGUCCAUUUCUAAGGUGUUAUUUUCAAUACUUAGUUUCUUAUUUACUGAUGGUUUUGAAUAAUGUGGUGAGAAAACAUGCAGAUUUAUGGUGGUUUUUAACCUGCACUUGUAAGUACUAUGUACUGUGUGAGAUAUGAUUGAUUUUUAAAUAAGGUUUAGAGAAUUUCCCCUUUCUUCAAGAAACAUCCGGUUUGUAUUGUCAUGGUAAAAUAUUUUAUUAUAAAUCUUUCCAUUUUUAACAGUCAUUUAAUAUUUUUUAAGAACAUUUGUGAACACAUGUAUUUGUAAAGAUUGAUUAAAAAUUACAUUUGAGUUA